GACAUUUCGUACGAUGUUAAAUCUUUUUUUAAAAACGGAAAUGUAUAUUCGGCACGGAUUCUAGAAUUCAGAACAAAUUCGAGGAAACGAAGGAAUAAGAAACAAUCGUCCCUAAGAUUUCGAUGUACGAUAUUCCUAAAAUGGUAAAAAACGCAUCAGAUGUCGGUGGAUCAAGGAUUCACGAUUACGAUACAGCACUGCAGCUACAUUUGGAAACUAGAGAGAACAUGGAGGGGAUAGGUGAUUACGUAUGUCUCGUGUGUGGAUCACAUCUCGCAGUUCCAGCUUUCAGCUCUCCUUGAGGGACUUCAGUAUGAAUCGGGACGGUUGAGAGCAGUAUCCAUGACGAUGAGGUUCGUCAUACUCUUGUUCUUCUGCGGCGCGAUCGCUGGUAGUAACGACACCUUGAGCAACGUAAUCCCCAGCGACGAGCUACUGGAUUUAGAAGAGCAGAACGAGGAGAAUAGACUCGCAAAUAAUAGAACUCUGAACGAAAUAUACGAGGAUGCUGUUCACGCUUAUCUGGAUGAAGACUGGGACCGCUGCAUUCAAGACUUCAACACCGUUUCUCAUGGUUACAAGGCCUACAAGCGAAUGAUAACAAAUUGUAGACGAAAAUGCCGUAUCAAAGCUGAAGGUGCGCCACCGAUUUUUCCAGAAAACAUCGAGGAUUUACACUUUUAUGAAAAAAAGAUCAAAGAGACACUGUGCCUCUUAACGUGCAAUAACGAAUAUCGGGAGAUCGUUGGCUCGAACGUGCUGAAGAUGUUACCACGUGAAACUGAACAGAAAUUGUUGAACAAUGGUAUUUACGAAUACCUGCAUAUUUGCUACUAUCAGACACAUCGAUAUCAAGACGCAGCCAACGCGCUAUUUACCUAUCUAGUCGUACAUUCUAAUCAUGAGGUGAAUCUGAAUCUUUUCAAACGCUAUUUAACACUGCCAGGUGUGGAAGAGGAGAAGGUGGUAAAUCUAGAAACACCGACUUAUGUCAGCGUUUACUUCAAAGGCGUCUCAGCUUAUGAAAACGGAGAUUAUGCAGAAGCCGCCGGUCUGUUCGAGACAUCAUUACGAUCGUACUUAGAAGCCGAGGAGGAAUGUAGAUUUUACUGCGAAGGUCCUUUUGACCAGGGUUGGCAUCCAGAAUUUACUUCCUCCAUCGCAAAUCAUUUUACGUACUGUUUGAAAUGCAAACGAUCGUGUUCGCGUAUGUUAAACAAUAUAAAUGGCGAUUACCGCAGACACAUGUUCAGAAGUCAUUACGAUUAUUUGCAGUUCUCUUAUUACAAAUUGGGAAACUUAAAAGCAGCCUGUGCCGCUGUAGGAAGUUUCUUGCUCUUUGAUCCGGUGGAUAAAACGAUGCUGCAAAACAAAGAAUACUAUAAUGCUCAGCCAAAAGUCAAAGUUGACUAUUUUUCUCCGAGAGAGGACGCUAUCAAUUACGUAAAAAGACAGGAAUACGAAUUGAACCUGCUGCAUUACAUUUCUAAUGAAUUUUCAGUUAUAAAUGAAAAAUUCCAGAAGAUAAAAAAAGAGAAACAGGACAAUGAAACGAAUAAUGCCGAAAAAAAAGAGCUGGGAAAGAUAUCAGAUACAAAAACAAUACUACAUCCACCACCUGGUUAUUCGUUGUUUUAUUACACGAAAUUAUCAAACAAUUUUUCAAUGAAACGAAUCGAGGACCACAAAAUACACGAUAAAAGAUAUUUUCAGGCCAAAAACGAUAUUUAUUUAAAAGAGGAGGAUCUUGGUGGGCAAAAUCGUUAUGUCGCUGAUGGUUUUCUUAAUUCCACUGAGUGUGAAUCUAUGAUGCAGUUCGCUACUAUGACUGCGGUAGAAGGAGAUGGUUACAGUGAAAAUAAAAGUCCACAUUCAAAAUAUGAAAAGUUUGAGGGAAUAACUGUUGGGCGAGCGGCUUUGAUGGUAUACUUUGGGCAAAUAAAACCAGAAUGGCUGGAAUUGCUUUUAGAAAAGACCGAACAAGUUCGGGACCAUGUGGAAAGGUAUUUCGGACUAAAUCAUCGACAUCUGUAUUUCACCUACACUCAUUUGGUCUGCCGCACAGCUCUACCUGAUUCGCCGGUGGAUCGAGACGACCUGAGUCAUCAAGUUCACGCGGAUAAUUGUCUGUUGAAGGGUAGAGAUGUCUGUCUUCGCGAGAGUCCAGCUUAUGUUUGGAGAGACUACUCUGCGAUUUUGUAUCUGAAUGAUGAUUUUCAAGGUGGUGAAUUCUUUUUCACCGAAGAUCGCGUUAUUCGAACGAUGGAUAACGUUGUUUCACCACGUUGCGGACGAAUUGUCGCCUUUUCCGCUGGUAAAGAAAAUCUCCAUGGAGUUCGUGGUAUUUUACGGGGUAAGAGAUGCGCUUUGGCGCUAUGGUUCACUCAGGACAAGAAAUAUCUCGAGUACGAGAGAGUAUUAGCAUCGGCAAUCUUGAAAAGAGUUCAACGAGUAGGACCUUUUGAGGGAAAGGACGUCCAAGUGCCUCCGAAGUACGAAGAUAUGCUUAUCCAGUAUAUGCACAGCGAUGAAUUGCUGAAACAUUUUUUAAAAAGUUCUCUAUAAGAGAAGUAUGAAUGGUUGUGAUAGAUAGCGACGAUAUUUUGCUACAAUUUCAGAAGUUCUACAGGAGAAGAAUAAUUUAAAAGAGUAAUAUAUGUAUUUUUAUGGUUAGUAAAAUCUGACCUAAUAUCCAAACUGGGACCUGAGAAGAUGCAUCGAUAGUCAUUAACAAAAACAGUGAAUCCUAGUAAACAUACGUUGAAUUAUAAAUUAAUUAUAAAUUCUCAGUUUCUCUGUACUUAUAACGGAGUCGCCUAUUGAAAUUAUGUACCUUAUCAGUAUCGAACAGUUGGCUUUUUCGAAUAAAAUGUCGACGUUAAAUUGCUUAAAAUUAGUAUGAUUGCUUAUAUAAAUUCCGAGCAAGUUAUUUUUACAUUACAUUAUAUAUACAUUAUAUAUAUAAUACGUGAAAUUUAUUUUAUAAUAGGGAUGGCAUAGAACUUGCAAGAGAUCUAUACAAGUGUUUUGUACUGAUUAUAUGAAAUCAAUUUGUAACACUCGAUGUACUCCACUUGGUGUUAUAUUUUUUUUCAUCUUUAUGUAUCUUGGGUUACUCGCAAUUUCUCUUUUGAGUCAUUCAUACCAUUUCAUUUCCUUUUUUUCUUUUUUGUUCUAAGCGUACAAAGUAUCAUUAAUCCUUUUUAUCAAACUUUCUCGUCUCUGUUAAACAUAUUAUAUCGACGAUUUUAUACAUUAGAAAUGAAACGUCAAUAUGUGUAUUGACACGAAGGAUGUCUAUAGUCACGGCACACAUACGCAAUUGAUGGUUUAUUUAUAUAUAAAAUAUCCUAAUCUUUAUUAGAACAUAGACAUUACAUGUCAACAGGCUUACAUAACCAUUCUAUGUAUCAUGUAACAUGUAUAUCGUAUUAAUUUAUCUUCUUGUUCGUAUUUAUACUAUGUAUAAGAGUUUAUUAUGUAUAUGCAAUUGCAUUGCAAUCCUAUCUUUUAACGCAUUUCUCUCUCUCUCUCUCUUUCUCUUCCUUUCAUUUCUUUUCCAUGCUCCCUUUCUCUCACACAUGACUUUAAGUCCUGUACACACGACUGCCUUUGUUUUUUUGUAUGCGUGUCAAUUCCAACACAAAAUGCGCGUGUUUGUUGAAUGUUUCUUUCGUGUGUGUGUGUGUGUGUGUAUGUCAUUUUAUUUAUCAGAAUUUAAUAAAAUUGUAUUUCUCGUCAUUAUUACAAUAAUACGUAAAAAGCGAGUCGCAUAAAAUCUAAUCAUAUGUUUUAUUUCUGCGUAAUCGUACGCAUAGGAAUCGAAAAAACUUAUACCCGACCGUAAUGAUAUCAAAGGGUGAUCAAAAGCCGUAGUUGAA